AUGGACACUCUCAGUACCAUGCCGCCCAAUCUCGUGAAGAAGAAUGUCUCAGAAUUCUAUUGCGGAUUCCCCGAAAUCCAGCUCAAAAUCUUUUGGCCGGGUUAUGAGGUCAUCAGCUUCAUGGAACGUAUUACCAUCAAGGGCCAGAGCAGCGGGCAGAUUGUCCUUGCUAUCACAGCGGCGUUCCAACGAUUCAUCCAGAGAGCACUCAAGCUUCCGGCCCCGCCGCGUGGUGCAGCCCAAUACGCCAUCACGCCAAACUCGCUGUUCGCGAAGAAGAACCACAUAUGGUUCCGUGCCAUCCACCACGUUGGAGAUGACAUCUUCACGCUUGAGCUGGAGUGCAAAUGA